CUUUCUAUCCAUUUGCUUAGUUGUUGGGAAUCAAACUCUAAUAUUAUAAAUUGUUUUAUUGUUUCAUAUUGCGGAAAUUAUGUUUCCCACGAUUGCAUUUUAUUGUCGAAACACCAUUUCAAGAUCUCUAUUUGGAUAUAAUUGCAUUAAGUCGUUUGCUAGCGCAUCAACUGAUUCGCAUGCAGAGUUUCUAAAAGAGGGCAAAUCUUCUGAGGAAUCAAAAUUUGACGAUCGUAUAUUGUCUUCACUUGUUUGUCCAUUAAAUAAAAAGAAACUAAGAUAUGAUGAGAAACGUCAACUUCUAAUUAAUGAUGAACUUUCAAUCGGCUAUAAAAUUAUUAAUGGAAUCCCUAAUAUGAUACCUACUGAAGCUUUGAAACUUGAUAAUUAGUUCAGAAUAACUUUAUAGUUUUACUGUUGUUUCAAAAGUGAAUCUUUAGUUGUAGUUUAUCGUCAUAAAAUCAGAAGUUGUGGUUUUGUUGUAAUUAUUGAAAUCCAUUGUAUUAUUUGACUUUUAAUAAUUUGUUGUAGUGGUAAUAUUCUUUUAAAUUACUUACUGUAAUCACGUUAAGAUGGGUGAUAAUGCAGUUAAAUGUGGUUGUAAAGGAAUUAGAACAUGUUUGAUAUGUGAAAAAGAAAAAGGAAUUUCAGUUGAACCAAGCCUUGAAGAGGAAACUGUGGUGUACAUUUACUGUCCUUAUUGCAAUCUAUGUUGGUCUGAAGCUGGCAAUUCAGUUGAUCCUCUGUAUAUUGACAAAAUAGCACUUAUUCCUGAUUUCAUUAACAAAGAGGAAGAAUCUUAUUUAGUUUCAUCAAUUGAUGAAUUACCCUGGAUGCCUUCACAAUCUGGAAGGAGAAAACAAGAUUUUGGACCCAAGGCCAACUUUAAGAAGAAGAAGGUAAAACUGGGAGAUUUUAAAGGAUUUCCUUCUUUUGCUAAAAACAUGAUUGAGAGACUUCAUUCUGUGGAUGAUCUUGUAAAUUUUUUCCCUGUUGAAUUAUGUCAUUUAGAAUAUACCCCUGACAGAGGUUCUUCAAUCCAACCUCACAUCGAUGAUCUAUGGUUAUGGGGUGAUAGACUUGUAACUAUCAACCUCCUGUCAAAAACUAUUUUAACUUUAACCCCAACUGUUAAUAGCUGUUUAAAUUGUCCUGAAGAAAUGCAAUGUACUAACAUUGUUUCUGCCUUAUCAGACAAAUUUAACUUUAAAGAAAAGGUCAAGCUUUGUAACCAUCAAUUUAAUCAUGAAGUUUUUAGAGACAAGCACCACUCUGAUGUAAAAAGUAUUUGUUCUGAAUAUGACACGAAAAGUAUAAAAAGUGUAAAACCAGCCGUUGAGAUCGUCUUGCCCCCCAGGUCUUUAUUUGUGCUCUCUGGCUGUGCAAGAAAUAAUUGGUUUCAUGAAAUUAAACGGCAGGACGUUACAUCUAGAAGGCUGGCAAUGACAUUUCGUGAACUUUCUGAAAAUUUUCUUACUGAGAAUGCUGAUGCAGAAGAAAUUUGUUGCAAGCUUCUAACAAUAUCUCAACAGUUUUGUGAUUUUAGCAAAGGAAAUGUGUGACUCAAAUUUAUGAUUUUUAUUACUGUAAUUAGUGCAUUUUUAUUAUAGUAAAGUAUGAUAUGAAA